GACAGGACUAGACAGGAGCUGAAUCGACUUGAACAGGAAGCCGUCGGAGAUUCUGUGAGGAAACGCAGGAACAACAAAGAGGAGGAGGAGUGGGUGCCCGGUUUUUAAACCUGCUUUAAUAGAAUUUUGGGGGAAAGUACACUGCCUUUGUUGUCGGUGAAAGAGGUUUGUUUGCAUGUGAGGGGGAAGUGAUUGCUGAGCCGACAUGGCGAACACCACAGAGGAUGUUGAAAACAAUACGGACCAACAACAGACAAAUACCAGCCCAGAACCCAACCCUCAACCCAAUGAGGCACCAGAGACGAGAGCACGGUCCAGGGGAGGCUCUGGGGCCGGAGCAGGGGAUGGAGGAGGAGGAAACCGUACUAACCCCGAGCAGAACGGGCAGCCACCCGCCGCUCGUCCCGCUCGAGUCGUGGAGACCGAAGAGGAAGAGGAUGAGGAGAUGACCUUGAAAUACGGGGCCAAGCACGUCAUCAUGCUCUUUGUGCCUGUGACCCUGUGCAUGGUGGUGGUCGUGGCAACCAUAAAAUCUGUCAGCUUCUACACCAGGAACGAUGGACAGCGACUGAUCUACACACCUUUCCCCGAGGAAACGGACACUGUCGCACAGCGAGCCGUCAACUCCAUCCUUAACGCCACGAUCAUGAUCACUGUGAUCAUCGUCAUGACACUGGUGCUGGUGCUGUUAUACAAGUAUCGCUGCUACAAGGUGAUCCAAGGAUGGCUGUUUCUCUCCUCCCUCCUCUUGCUCUUCUUCUUUUCCUUCAUCUACCUCCAAGAGGUUUUCAAGACCUACAAUGUGGCCAUGGACUACUUCACCCUGGCAAUAGUAGUGUGGAACUUCGGUGUGGUUGGGAUGAUGUGUAUUCACUGGAAGGGACCUCUGCGGCUCCAGCAGGCCUACCUCAUCAUGAUAAGCGCCCUGAUGGCCCUGGUUUUCAUCAAAUACCUGCCGGAGUGGACCGCCUGGCUCAUAUUGGCCGUCAUAUCGGUUUAUGACUUGCUGGCUGUGCUCUGUCCUAAUGGACCACUGAGGAUUCUUGUAGAGACGGCUCAGGAGAGAAAUGAACCUAUAUUUCCAGCUCUCAUCUACUCCUCUACAAUGGUAUGGCUCGUCAAUAUGGCGGACACUGACAGGCCCAACAGGAACUCAACAGAAGCAGGUUUACCACAACAGCAGACUCAAGAAUCAGCGGUAGAGUCUCCGCCCCCCUCAAGUCCCUCGCAGGACGACGGGGGCUUUACGCCCAACUGGGUCAAUCAGCAGCAGCACCAGCUGGGGCCCCUUCAGACAUCUGAGGAGACCAGACGGGAGAUUCAGCAGAUGCCAUCUGCUCGUCCACCUGUGGAAGACGACGAUGAAGAGAGAGGCGUCAAGCUGGGGCUGGGAGACUUCAUCUUCUACAGCAUGCUGGUGGGGAAGGCCUCAGCCACAGCCAGUGGCGACUGGAACACCACGCUCGCCUGCUUUGUAGCCAUCCUCAUUGGCCUGUGUCUGACUCUGCUCCUGCUCGCCAUCUUCAGGAAAGCUCUCCCCGCUCUACCCAUCUCCAUCUUUUUUGGCCUCGUCUUCUACUUUGCAACAGAUAACUUGGUGCGGCCCUUCAUGGACAAGCUCGCUCUUCACCAGUUCUACAUUUAGCAGGACGCCUGGGUCCCCCCCCCCUCAACCCCCCCGCCUUCUGGCCAGCAGCAUGACAGCACUCCCUUUAUGGCCAGGAGAAUAAAGGACGAUGCAGCGGCCCCUCUGCCCCCUUAAAAACACCUCUAGAAACUCAUGAUGCUGGAAACACCAGCUGAUUUCACUCUGCCUUCAUUUCUGGCACCGAAAUAUUUUCCACAAUGGCUGUUCUUAAAUUUUAUUUUUUCCUUUUAAACUUAAAAAGACAUUUCCCACCAAGUGGAGACCGAAUCUUCAGUUUGUCCAACAACUACAGCUCUGAGACACUGACUAAUUGGGGGAUAUUAGAUCCCGAUUUAGAUCUGGAGGCUCUUCUCUUUCCAUAUACGCACAGCCCCACCUAAUAGGGGUUUUACAGCAGGUGCCUUCCUCAGGUACACCUACAUGGUAGCUGUUCUCAACGAGGGAGUUUUCUCUUUUAGCUCCCUUAAAGAUUAUAGCAAAAAAAA